AUGAAAGUGUUUGUUUGUUGCCUUUUCAUAAUUGCCAAUAUCAGCAAUAAUGGAAAAGCCUCCCUUGAGAGUUUUGCGCCCUCUGGGACUAAUAUACUCUUUGAGGAUACUACGAAAAAUUUAGAUAAAGUUUCUUGCUACCGACCUUGCAAAUUUAACGUGAAGCCGAAACGUUGCCACUAUAACUUCAAAGUGGAGCCAACAAUCCAGGAAGAUGGAAGACCAGCUAUCACCAUCAAUGGAAUGACUCCAGGACCUCCAAUCCAAGCCUGUGUCAAUGACAUCAUAGUGGUGGAAGUCCAGAACAGCAUUCUGGAUCAAGAUAUAAGUAUCCAUUGGCAUGGUAUUGAACAGAAGGGAACUCCUUACAUGGAUGGAGUUCCUAUGGUGACCCAAUGUCCUAUAGGAUAUGGGCAAACCUUUAAAUACGCUUUUGUUGCAACAUCACCUGGAACUUUCUUCUACCAUGCCGAUUCAGUGUCACAUCAGAGUGAUGGUGUAUAUGGCCCACUGAUAAUAAAUCAACCGCAACCGUUGGAACAUCACUCAUCUCUGUAUGAUUACGACAGGAGCGCUGAGAACACGCUAACAAUAGGAGCUAAAUUCCCAGAGCUGUUGACUGCUAAGCUAGAAGACGUUAGUAAAUUGAAACCAGACGCCAUUAUUAUAAAUGGCGACGGAGAUGUCUCAAAGAUAGUCGUCAUGGCUGGGUUCGCGUACAGACUGAGGUUUAUAAAUGCAAUUGCAACUGAGUGUCCCGUGAUAGUGACUAUAGAGAAACACGAAAUGGUUGUGAUUGCAACCGAUGGGAAACCGACCAAACCAGUUCUGGCUAGAAACGUGGAGCUACAUCCAGGUGAGCGUAUGGAUGCAGUAGUGCGUGCAUCAGAAGAAGGUGGAGGUUACUGGGUGAGGGUGCAUGGUACAGGUGCAUGCACUGGUCUCGGUGCUAACGCGAUGCUCAUCUACUCUGGAUUCAACUACACUGCGAUGUUAGUGGAAAACCAGAACGAGUACAAGCAAGAGUCAUUCGCAUCAGACUUGGUGGUAAGCGGUCAAAUGCUGGAAUCUCUCCAAGACCAGAGCCAUGCAUCGGAGGUUAAAUCGGUGUACCUUGGUAUCGAUAAAAAUAUCGUUCAAGUGAAAGAAGCUGAUCUUGACUUUAGAUACAUCAGUGACGCUAUUCCUAAGAAGCCGUUCUUCCCUGCUGCUUUUGCUCUUCACGAAAAUGGUGUCGUCCAAAUAAACAAGAAGAGUUUCUUGUACCCUAAUGUGCCGAUACUAUUACGCCCUCGGGACGUAAGACAGGACAUGUACUGCAAAGUAGGGGAGGAGGAGACGCAGGUGGAAGCUCAGUGCAUACAAGUGCUGGACGCUAUUGAAGGGGAAGUGUUGGAGAUCGCCCUAGUUAAUGAAGGAUUCGGCAGCAAUGACUCGUACACAUUCCACAUGCAUGGCUACAACAUGCAGGUGAUCUCCACAUGGCAGAAUCCCAAAGACAAACCGAUCUCCAAGGAAGACUUCCAGAAGUUGAGUAAAGAUAGUAAAAUAUCAAGAAAUCUCCAAAACCCACCAGUGAAAGACACGAUCACAGUGCCGAACAAAGGCUACACGAUAGUCAGAAUCAAGAUAGAUCGUGGUGGGACUUGGCUGCUGGAGUGCAGGUCCUGUGCCCUCUCCUCAGUUCCCGCUGCCAUCAUGAUCAGGGUUCCAGAAACAAUACCCAAGGCUGUGGUAGACUCAUUACCUAAGUGCGGCAACUACAGACCACCGGACGUAUUACUGAACUAA